AUGUCGUCCGCUACGAGCUUCUACGACUUCAAGCCCGCUGACAAGAAGGGCAACGCGUACGACCUCGCCUCGCUCAAGGGCAAAGUCGUGCUGGUCGUCAACACGGCGAGCAAGUGCGGCUUCACGCCCCAGUUCGGCGGCCUCGAGGCGCUGUACAAGGACGUCAAGGGCGCGCACCCGGACGACUUCGUCAUCCUCGGCUUCCCCUGCAACCAGUUCGGCAGCCAGGACCCCGGCUCCAACGACGAGAUCCAGUCCUUCUGCCAGGUCAACUACGGCGUCUCGUUCCCCGUCCUCGGCAAGGUCGACGUCAACGGCGACAAGGCGGACCCCGUGUGGGAGUGGAUGAAGAACGAGAAGCCCGGCCUCAUGGGCCUCAAGCGCGUCAAGUGGAACUUUGAGAAGUUCCUCAUCGGCAAGGACGGCCAGGUCAAGGGCCGCUGGGCCAGCACCACCAAGCCCGAGAGCUUGAAGGAGGCCAUCGAGAAGGAGUUGGCUGCUUGA